AUGAACUCGUUUCUGUUGAAUCGCCAGCUGGGUAGCAUAAGCCCACGGGAAUUGGCCAACGCCCAGAACAACCGCCUUCUCAAAGCGCUACAAUCUGCCUCCAACGUCAACUUCGCGCUCCAAGAACCCGACGGCUCUCGAAAUGACGCUCAUACCAGAGACUUGGCGCAUGCUUCAGGCGUCAGCAGCAUAGCCAUCGAUCGAUUCGAAGGCAGAUACCUUAUAUCUGGUGGAGCAGAGUCGUCUUUGGCCGUAUGGGACCUCGAAAGUGCGACUGAGGCUGACGAUGGCUCCAUACUCCAUCUGCCACUUGAUGUCUCUGCGAGAACAUCCACAAGCCAGAGCUUAGGCAUAACGCACAUCUCGUUCUACCCCUUCGACUCCUUGGCGCUACUUACUAGCGGUUACGAUCACACUCUGAAGCUGUUCUCUUCCGAGACUUUGCAAGCCUCCGCAACGUUUGACAUUGCGUCAACAUUGUAUUCGCACGCGACAUCCACAGUCGCCACGCAUCUGUUGGUGGCGUGUGCAUCGCAACAUCCGGCUGUUCGACUCGUGGACUUGCGAUCAGGCGCCAGCACCCAUUCUCUUGCUGGUCAUUCAGGGUCGGUGCUCACCGUAGUCUGGCAUCCUAAGGACGAAAAUGUGCUGGCAAGCGGCGCCACGGAUGGGGUUGUGAGACUCUGGGAUGUGCGACGAAGUGCCAGUAGCUUGGGAGUGCUCGACAUGGAAGACAGCAUCGGUGUCGCUGGAUACGAUGGCAAAGGCACUGGAGCUCGACGACGUGAACGUGGCAAAUCACAUAACGGCGCAGUCAACGGCGUUGCGUGGGCAGAAGACGGCCGAUAUCUUGUGUCCAACGGCCAUGAUGAGCGCAUGCGUGUAUGGGACAUCACAACCGGGGCGAAUACUCUUGCCAGCUUCGGACCCGGGCUGAAGAAUGCCACGACAACGAUAAUGCUCCCUUUGAUCGCACCCAGCCACCUGUCACCAGCAGGACAAGAGACAGUCUUCUACCCGAACCCCAAAGAGAUCUUGGCCUUCGACAUGCAUUCUGGGACGCUGCAAAACCGCCUUCGUGUGCGUGGUCUACCAGGAUUUCAAUCAGAUUCCAAUGCUCGAAAUCCAAAGAACAGGACGACUUCUCUGGCAUGGCGAGCCCACCAUGUUGAAAUGUACUCGGCGCACGGGGAUGGCACAAUUAGAUGCUGGAAGCCGAGGACGAGAGAAGACAUCAUAACGGAGCAGGAAGAAUCUGCCGAUCCCGUCGAAGACCCAGAUGCAGCGGAGCGGAAACGAAAGCGCGAGGAAUUUGAAGAUAUGGUUGAGGACUUGACGUCGAAGCGGAUAACGUUCACAUAA